AUGUCGGGGUCUGCCAAGAACCCAAGCUUUGGAAACAUGGCUAAGGUUUUGCAUGAGACUGAAACUACUUCGGACAGUACCGCACCCAGAGAAGAACAGGAUGACAGUGCCAGCAUGGAGCAGUACCUGAGACACAAAAACCUUGUUCUGGACUUCCUGCGCUCUGACCUGAACCCCCACCACCUCCAGUACCACUGGAACAAAGUUCAUCUCCUGAAGAAAUGUUACUUCUACUUGAAGUUUGAGCCCAGACACGUGUGCGUGAGAGACCAGAACAAUAUGAUGAUUUUUGCUGACAUCUUGCAAAUAGCAAACCCCUGCCAACUCCAGAAGAUCAAGAAGGUGGGAAAAAAACAGACUGAAAUCCAGCUGGCACUUUUAACGGAGCUGUUGGAACAGUUGGAACGAGGUCGGGAGGAGCUGAGCCGUUACGUACAGAUCUGUGACGUGGAGACUUUCCUCUCCCAGUGGGACUUGAAUUUAAAGAGAGUGCUCAAGCUCUCCAUGUUUUUCAACAAGCUCAUUUCCUUGGAAGAGCCAAGGAAGCUCCAUGUCAAGCACAGUUUGGUGUCACAGAUACAUCUUGGAGGUGCUCUACACCCUCCCAUCACUUUUUCUCUCUACACGAAGAAGCCGCCGAUUUUUGAUCGGAUAGAGUCGUUUGCAUGCCAGACCUGGGCCCAGCUCAAGUGGUUCACUGAAAGUCAGGAGUCACACCUUGAACGAUGGCAGCUGGAGAUCAAGCUGGUGACAGAUGACAGUCAGACAGAACCAGGAUACGGUCGGACCCAGGAAGUCAUCUCCAACCCGUGUGUAAUCAACCACCUGCUGCCUGGCAGGUUGUACGAGUUCAAAGUGAGGAGAUCUGACACACACACACUCGUCUACUCACAGUGGCACGACUGCAUUAUAUUGAAGACAAAAACUCACCCUGCUGAGGACACCAAGGAGGCCCCCAACCGCAGCCUGAUGAGGCGGCUCACGAGACCGACUCCUUCAGUUUAA